CGAGCCAUAAUUAUCAAAACAAAUUGCAACCAGCGUCAAAUUGAGAGGAAACGAAACUUCAACGAACAGGACGUUUAAAUUCCUCCGACUGCGAUCAAGGGUACAGUGGUGUAAUAAACAGACUAAGCAUGAAAGAUAUGGAUUGUUUGCAGAAAACCAGACUCGCGCAGCUUCAAGAUUCAAACAGCGACGAAAUGCAAAGAGUUUGUCAAGAAGCUAAGGCCCUAGCCAAAGACCUCGUUGAGUAUCGCACUGGAAAGGGAAACCCUCCUCCGAGUCGCACUGCUGCAAUUUUGAGAAGGCUGUCAGAUGAACUUGAGGAUCGUCAUCCUGCAGUGCUCGCCAACAUGUGUGGAAGGCUUAACAUACUUACUGGUUCUGCACAUACAAAAUUUGUGCAAGUUGCUGACGAAGUUUUCCGCGAUGGAGUGAACUGGGGCAGAAUUGUGGCGAUUUUUGCGUUUGGAGCGAAACUAGCCCAAUACUGUUUUAGAAACAGACUCGAGAAGGAAGCAGAUGAUAUAGCUGACUGGGUUGGAAAUUAUAUUUCAAGUCUAUCGGGCUGGAUUCGAUCAAAUGGUGGCUGGGAGGCGUUUAACCAGAUCUUUAGCGAGGCAUACGACGAAAGAGACAGGUCGUGGUGGAAAAAACUGUGUCUGGCUGCGGUGGGGUUCGGCGCACUGGCGACAUUAGUCUAUCAACAGUCAAGUUGACUUGAAUUCCACAUCAAACAUCGGUAGCUAUCGAAAUACAGUACAUAGGAAGAGUUGAGAGAUUUGUCUUCUGAAUUCCGUUCCCUCGUUUUCAUAAAACAACGAACGGUUAUACAAAAAAUAUCAUUUUCGCUUGAAUACGCGCUCUUAAAACUGCAUUCCUCAGUUGAAAGACCCGCUUACUGCAAACCUUUGGGGAAGUAGGAAGUAUUUUCCAGCAAGGAAGUCCUAAAAAAGCGCCUAGUCAACAUUAAAGGGGGGAUACCAAGCUUAUUUGUUUUUUAUCAUAAAUUAUUGCUUUUUUCUUGACAGAGUGAUUUCGCACACUCAUGAGCCCCCAAUACCAACAGAGCUAGCCAGCGCUCUCACGCAGCCGGUGUAAAAGACGAAGUUUUUAAGAAAAAUACAUUUCGCUCACACUGUGCUAAGGAGAUAAUACGAAACUGCCUCUAGUAGAAUUGAGUUUUAUGCGAGUAUCUGAUGCUGGCAUUUAGGACAACUAUUUUUACCAAAACAUCUUUGUUACGAUUCAUUUUAUAUAGAACAACGUGUAUUAAUUCAUUUCCACGCUGACUCACAUGCUUCGUAAAAGAAAAUUACAGUUUCUCUAGAAUAUAAGAAACCAUGAUAUCCAAUUGCAACUUAGUUCACGUAAAGUUUGGACCAAACGGUCUGAUUUAAAAGUGUAUAAAGACAUUUCCUCCCAGUUUCCGUUGAUAGUGAUAUAUUUAUCAUAAAAGAUUCUUAAAAUCGAGGUUUUAGUAGGCAAGGUCCGGUACCGCCAUAGUUUUUAUUUAUAUACUAAAUUCCUCCAUAAUUUUGUAGCCAUGACUAAAUACAGAAAUGUUAGAUAUAUAGCCAGUCAUAUUUUAUGUAGGAUAAAAUUCACUAAUAUUUAAGAGCUGACAUAUACGUACCUAUUAUUUAAUGAAGGAAUUCCAUUCCAUGCUAAUUUAUGUUUUUUUUUUUGCGAGUCUCUGUAUCUUUGUGCGCAUAGAGCGCUUUUCGAUUGAGUGUCGUUAUAAAAAUGCCGAAGUAAUCUCAACAGCCAAUCAAAAGAAAGAAAGGAAAAUGCCCCUUAACGGAACCACUGAGAAAUCAAAGUAAUAACCAAACUGGCCAAAGCGCGGGAAACGCUGGCGACCAAGACGUGAUUGGUUUAAAUUUUGUAACUGAUUGGUUAAGAAAACGGCGCGAGUUUUCUGGACCAAUCAUAAAGCAAGUAAACACUCACUUUUGACACUCAAUUGAUGAAUGCCCUAUAAAGCCGAUAAAGUUGCUUAAAGGUGAUUCCUUAGAAAUAAAAGUUGUCGAUAUA